GGCACUAUGACAUUCAACAAUUUGCCAGUGCUACGACUUUGUUGGUCAUUACGAUGUUUGAAAAUAAGUACGAUCCUAGAAAAGAAGCAUGUUUAUCUUAUUCCAGAAAUAUUUCAAGCUGUGCGGGUCUGGAAGGUGUAAAGUCUCUAGCAUUUACUACCCCACCUAAUACUACAGCCUCCAAUGUGAUUGAAAUAGUAAACUGCACUAAAGUUUUUCCAAAUAUUGCAGAAUUAUCAUUAUCAUCUCAAGGUUUCACAGAAUUCCCAAACGAAUUCAAAAGAAAAUUUCCGAAUAUUCAAACAUUAGAAUUGGAAAAGAACAAUUUAUCAGUUCCUCCAGAAUUUCCAUGGAAUGAUAACCCAGAAAUCCUAGGUUACAAUUUAUCUCGAUCGGUUUACCAUGAUAAUCAUUACGCUGCUCCUUAUUACUUACAAGUUCCUAGAAAUAUUUUCCGACGCUAUUUAAACAUAAACUUCAAUAAAAUCGUCGACUUACGAACCUUUGAAUUUACAGGAAGAUUAGAUAUGAUAUCAAUUAAACAUAACAACUUAAGAUAUAUAAACGAAUAUACAUUUACUAAACUCACUGGUUUACAAAGUUUAGAUUUAAGUGAAAAUUUAUUAGAAGAAAUUCCAUCUGGUUCUUUCUACGGAUUAAAAGAUUUAAGGAAUUUAAAUUUGAAGAAUUGUUCAUUAGCAAAACUGGUCAAGGACAUAUUCCGUGAUCAGAGUAACCUCAUUAAUUUGGAUUUGUCUGCAAAUGCUCUAACCUCACUUCCUCAUGAUAUAUUUGCAAGACUUGAAAAACUGAAGAGAAUACAUCUUGAAUCCAACAAGCUAACGUCAGUUCCAUCAGAAUCAUUUCCUGUUCUAAGUUUACAUCUUGAAGAGGUUGGUUUACAGUUUAAUCCAAUAUCUGAAUUUCCUGUGGUCGUUUUCUAUUUACGUCAGCUGAAGAGAGUAAAUUUAGGGUACACCAAUAUUAACUUUAACAAUGUUCGUGCUCUUCUUGAAAAUGUCAGUUAUACAUAUUUAGUAGAAAGUACUGUUGAAUCAACAGCAACAAACAAUGUCAACAUUAACCACAGACUCACUAAAACCAGGAAGAGAAUGAUUGACCUUACAGGUAGUAAUGUUACUAUAAUUGGAUUCGAUGCUUCAAAUGAAAAGGGCAUGGGUAGUAAUGUUACGAGAAUAGGUCAUUCGAAAGACGUGGAAACAUAUUUUAGAUUGAUUCUGCAAAAUUUUAACAUUAUCCUAGACAAGAAUGACAUAUUGUGUGACUGCAGAAUAAUUUCUUUUUCGAAAUGGAUAAAAUCACAAGUUCAGAUCGGUGAAUUUAAUGGAGACGAAUAUUUCUUUUCUGACUGGAAAUGUAAACGACCAAUCGGGUUAAACGAGAGGUCGCUGCUUAGUGUGACCGAAGAGGAAACAUAUUGCGAAGUCGAUGUUGAAUUCUGUCCAACCAAAUGCAGAUGUUUCCGGUGGUCCGUUAAUAAUAUUAUAAUAGUUGACUGUCGAAACACAAGUUUAACAGGUUUCCCAGAAAAACUACCUGCAGGAACCUUAGAUUUAUGGUUUCAAAAUAAUAACAUUACACAUAUUCAAGAAACGAACUAUUUCGCUCGCGCUAGAGAUAUCAUUUUAAGUCAUAAUUCUAUAAGUGAUGUAAGUGAUGACAUUAUCAACAUUUUGGGAGACGAUAUAAGAAAACUUUAUUUAGAUUCUAAUUAUUUGAUACAUUUGCCAAAGUUAAUACAACGACUAUCUGGUGUUCGAUUUCACAUUAAAGAUAAUCCUUUUGUAUGCGAUUGUAAGACACUGUGGAUGAAAUCAUGGAUAUUAAAACAUCAGCAUAUGGUGUCCGAUUGGAUGGAUGUCGCAUGUGCUUAUGGAAAUGAAGGAGGACAUCAGUUGAUAUCCGUGGAGGAUGACAAGUUCGUAUGUCUUGAAGCCUUUAAUACUUUUAAGCAUGUAAUUGCUCCGAGUGUUUCGUCAUCUGUUAGUGUCCUUCUGUUUAUAGUUAUGUUAGCAUGUGGUUUCGUCUUCAGAUUAGAGCUAAAAGUUUUAAUUUUCAUAUACUUUGGACUUCAUCCCUUUGACAAAGAUGAAAAGGAUGAAAAUGAAGAUCUAGACUGUAUUGUUAUACAUUCUAAACCGUUAACGGACUGGGUGAUGGAACAUGUGGUUGCUCCGUUGGAAGCAGGCGACAAAGCUUACAUGGUUUGUGAAAUGUCACGAGAUUUUGUAGUCGGUUUUUCAUAUCAAGAAAAUAUCUGUAGCAUUGUAAGGCGAAGUAAAAGAAUGAUUUUAGUACUAUCGGAAGACUUCUUAGUCGAUUCUGAUAUUGUCAAAAUAGCAUGGAAUGAAGCACAAGAAAAAAUAAGAGAUAUGCGCACAAAUUAUGCAAUUAUAAUUUUUCAUGAAAUAUCGAUGAAAUCAAUUGAUAACAAAGACCUUAAAAGAUAUAUUAAAAGGGGGAGAUAUAUAAAUACAAGCGAAAAAUUAUUUUUUGAAAAAAUUCUUUAUCUAAUGCCCCAGUACACGAACAUUAAUCAUAGAAAAUUUCCAAAUCUAAGAAAAAUAGUUCUUGAAACUUACGAGAAUGGAGAUGAUUUAGAUACUGAAGAAGUGCAUGCUUUUUUAUCUUAUUCAGACAGAGAUAUUCAUAUUGCUUUGAAGACACUCACUCCUGUUUUACAGGAACUUAGAUAUAUUCUUCAUGUUCCAGAUCGAGAUUUCAUUCCUGGUGCUUCAAAAGAAGAGAAUAUUUUAAACGCUAUAGAUAUAUGUAGACAUACAAUUUUCCUUUUAUCAGGACCCUAUUUAGAAGAUGAAUGGUCAUUGUUUACGUUUCGAACUGCAUCCGAAAAGUCUAUCAGACAUAAAUGCAAUCACAUGAUCGUAAUAGUAAUUGAUGGCCAAGAAAACGUCUAUAUGGACGAAGAAGUGAAAUAUUAUAUAAAAACACAUGUGACGCUUCAUGUUACUGAUCCCUGGUUUUGGGAGAAAUUGACAAAAGCAUUGCCAAGCGAACAGGACAAUAAACUUCAGCUAGCAAUUCUAAAUAACAGAGUUAAUAAUCAUCUUUACCGACAAAACUCUGUAGAUGAUAGACAAGUGGAAGAAAAUGGAAGAAAUAUAUACCGACAAAACUCUGUAGAUGAUAAACAAUUGGAAGAAAAUGGAAGAAAGAUGUACCGACAAAACUCUGUAGAUGAUAGACAAUUGGAAGAAAAUGGAAGAAAUAUAUACCGACAAAACUCUGUAGAUGAUAGACAAUUGGAAGAAAACGGAAGAAAUAUAUACCGACAAAACUCUGUAGAUGAUAGACAAUUGGAAGAAAACGGAAGAAAUAUAUACCAACAAAACUCUGUCGAUGAUAGACAAUUGGAAGAAAACGGAAGAAAUAUAAUAAGGAACUGUCUUCCAAUGCAAAAUAUAAAUGAAAUCCAAGAAAAUAACAAUGAAAACAAACAAGAGGACUGCGCCUUAGAAACAAGGUGUUAGCCAUAAACAUGUUCAUAUAUACAUGUAGACCAAUAUCAUUUUAUAGCAUAAUGUCAUGAUGACAAAUUGUUUUAUAUUUUUGUACACCUCAAACAUAUCAUAUUGGGCUUAUAUUGCCCUGUGAACUCACAAAAAUAUUACAGAAGUGUGUUACCGUUGUUGAUCAUAUUUUGUAAGUUUAGACAUAAUACAGAGAGUACAAAUAUUGAUAGAAAUAGACUUUCAAUAAUGUGUGACUAAAUUGACACGAAGCGCAACCAAAGUUUUUGCAAGCGAAGAGCACAAUAAGCAUUUCCCAUGUGUAGAGAACAUUAAUUGCAUUGACUAGCUCAAUUGAAAAGAAAUAUGUAUACACAUAAAGAAAUCUAGCAUUAAAUGAAGUUCACAGAAUCAACAUUUAUUUCUGCAAAUUGGACAACAUUUUUAAUAACAUUAGAUUCUUGGACACAUUUGGACCCAAACUGUCACAUCUAGUAUAAUGUUUAAGAUUAAAAUAUUGACUGAAAAUGUUAAUAAUAAGAAACACAGUCAAUAGUGACACACUAGAGAAAACGGAUUUUAUGAACGAUUAAUAAAACAGUGAAAAAUCUAAGUAAGUAUAAACUACAAAAUUACAUGUUUUCUACAUUGUAAUUAUUGAACUAAUCAUAAGUAAGAUAUAUGUAUAGGACAUAAAGGA